AUGCGCAAGACUCUCCUUCUUGUCUUCAUCCACGGCUUCAAGGGUGGCGACGACACCUUUGGGAACUUCCCGGAACACCUCAGAGCGCUCGUCAGCCAUGCCCUUCCUGAGAUAGACGUGUUAGCGGUGACGUACCCCAAAUUUGAGACCCGAGGGGAACUCAAAGAAUGUGUCUCACGCUUCCGAGAAUGGCUUGAGAACAAAGUCAUCGACCUCGAGGUCGCCCACCACACCCCUUCACCCACGAUCGAUCCGUCGAUCCAUGUCAUGCUCAUCGGGCAUUCGAUGGGAGGAAUAGUUGCAGCUGAGACAUAUCUCCUCCUCGCCAAAGAGCAACCUAUCCCAGCGGCCUCCUCACGACAGAAUCCUGAAAGACCCAAUUAUCCCUCCAACACCGCCCUGAAUUCUUCCACCUCGACGUCACAUCCAAAUCCUCCGCUCUCCGAGGAUGCUUCCCAUGUUGCUGAAAACUUCAUGUUCCCACAUAUUCAAGGCAUUCUAGCUUUCGAUACACCUUUCCUAGGCCUGGCUCCGGGCAUGGUUGCGCACGGAAUCGAAAGCGGCCACAAGACUGUGGCAAACGCCUACAACACCUACAACGAAGUGGCCUCCAUUUUCGGGUGGGGAUCAAAAUCAGAGCCCGCCGUAGGUUCAGCUGCUUCUGCCAGUAGAGCAGUGGGAGCAUUGCCUGCGCCGACGUCGGCUGCGGCCGACGCAGCUGCGGCACCCAAAUGGCAGUCUUGGGGCAAGUACGCUAUGUUUGCAGGUGCUGCAGGUGCUGUCGUGGCUGGUGGAGCAGCUGCACUAUACUCGCAAAAGGAAAAAUUGAGUUUGGGAUGGCAGUGGGCAGGAGACCACCUAUUGUUCGUUGGUGAGCUGUUCAAACCAGAAAGACUGCAGAAACGGGUCAAGGACCUUGAACAGGCUUGUAAAGAGAGAGGAUCCGGCUGUGGUAACAUGUUCACCAAUCUGGGCAAAGGUGCUAGAGAAGGCUACGGCAUCACUAGUAGUUUGGCCGGCAAGGAGCGCACAUUCUGCAAUCUCCCAGUGAACGUGAUGAAAAAUGGACAGGAAACCAAGGCAUCCCAGGAGAGGUUGGAUACGGGGUCCGGCUUCAAGUGGACGCCGACCAUCAACGAGAAAGCCCAGGACGAAACCACAGCACACACGUCAAUGUUCUACCCCCGUGACAACCCAGGAUACUUUGGCCUAGGUGAGCGCGCAAAGGAAUUCCUCACAGCGUGGGUGGAUCAAGGCUGGUACCAUUCCAGUGACGGACCGACACACAUGGGCCAAGACCACGGCGCGACUCUGGGGGAGGUAGGUGAUGGCUGGGAAAAGCCAGACUAUGACGCCGAAGAAGUCAAGGCCAAGGAAAACGAACGAGACCGGUACAGAGGACACACCUUUCCUGACCCGGAUGUCGAGAGAGACCUCGCUCGUGAUUGGGAGGGCGUGGAUGCCCACAAGGGUCGCGACGGGAUUGAUGAUCUUGACGAUGAAUUCAGUAUGCGAGAUGGUGGCGAAGAUUUACAUGAUAGCAUCAUUGUGGAAAGAGCUGCUCAAAAUGGUGAAGUGCCCUUGCCUCGAUCUCGGGCAGACACAGGAACUUGA